AUGGCACCCAGAGGCAAAACCCUUUUUCUUACAUUAGUCCACAUUUGGUUUUGCAACGUAAUAUUCAUUUCCAACAAAUGCAAAGCCACUAGGCCUACACCAAAAUUCCCAGCCAUUCUAGUCUUUGGGGAUUCAACUGUGGACACAGGCAACAACAAUUACCUCAAGACAGUGUUUAAGGGUAACCAUUAUCCAUAUGGCCAAGAUUUUCUAGGUCAUGUUACUACAGGCAGGUUUUCUAAUGGAAAAUUGGUUCCUGACUUCGUUGCUUCCAUGUUAAACAUCAAAGAAACUGUUCCACCUUUUCUUGAUCCGAGCCUAUCGGAUAACGACCUUGUCACCGGCGUUAGUUUCGCUUCUGGCGGAUCCGGAUUGGAUGAUAUUACAGGUGCUAUAGGUGGGAUCAUACCAUUUGCAAAGCAGGUUGAAUACUUCAAGACGUACAUAGUGAGAGUCCAAGGGAUUGUAGGAGAAAAGGUGGCGAAGACGUUAAUUAGUAGUGCAGUGGUUGUAAUCAGUUCUGGGACUAAUGACUUUGGAUUUAACUUCUAUGACUUCCCCAUAAGAAAGUUAGAGUACAACAUUAGUGGCUACCAAGAUUUUCUGCAGAAUAAACUGCAUAUAUUCAUUAAGGAACUCUAUGAGCUCGGAUGCAGAAGAAUGGCUAUAGCUGGGCUUCCUCCAGUAGGUUGCCUACCAAUACAAAUGACUUUAAAAACUCCACAUGAUAGAAGUUGCGUAGAGGAAGAAAAUUUGGAUGCCCUUGUCUACAAUAAAAAGCUUGCAAGGCUCUUGCCUAAAUUACAGUCACUGCUGCCAAGGAGCAAAAUUGUGUAUGCAGACGUGUAUAAGCCUAUGGCUGACAUGAUCAAUAAUCCACAAAAAUUUGGUUUUGUGGAAACAAACAGAGGCUGCUGUGGUACUGGGUUAAUGGAAGCAGGGCCCUUCUGUAAUGCAUUAACAGCAGUAUGUGAUAAUGUCUUGGAGCACUUGUUUUGGGAUAGCGUACAUCCAAGUCAAGCAGCAUAUCUGUAUAUUUCAAAAUACCUGGAGAAGAAUGUUAUUCCCAAGCUUAUUGAUCAAAACAAUCUGACCGGCCGGAUGACAGUGAUGAACAAGUUCCAAACCUUGCAUGACAAGGAAAAGAUGUGGACGAUGCAGUGCUGA